GUUGGGACCAAGUAUUCAUGUUGGUGGAAGAGCGUAUUAAAGUUUCUCCGUAUAUCGCCACGAUGGGAGCUGCACAAAUAAAGCUGUCUCCUAUCGGAAUUGUUGUUCUAGGACUUGUUUUCGUCGCAAUAAUCUAUUACUUAUCCACAGAUGGUGGAAGUGGGGAAUUCUCCCAGAGAUACUUUGAAGGCGAAGACACAGUAUCGAUAGAGAAAUUGAUCAAAACUGCAAUUCAUCUUGCCGAGAAAGGGGGGGAUGUCGUUCGAAAGAUCCGCAAAGGUGAAGAUUUAGGGGAGGAAAGCAAGGGCCAAACUCUUGAAGGAGCCAACAAUCCUGUAACACAGGGAGACAUGUUAUCUCAUCGGGCUAUGUAUUAUGGCUUUAAGAAGGAAUUUCCGAGGUUAAAUGUGGUGUCUGAAGAACAUGACCAUGGUGAUGUCGAUUUAAAAGAUGUCAAAUCUCCUGAUAUCUCUGAAAUUAAGCUUGAUGGCAAGCUCCAUAACAAGGAAGAUGAGGUUGUAUCUGCUGGCAGUCUUCUCAUAUGGAUAGACCCACUAGAUGCCACACAAGAAUAUACAGAAAAUCUUGUUCAAUAUGUUACCACAAUGAUUUGUAUCGUCGUUAAUGGAAAGCCUGUAGCAGGGAUAAUUCAUAAACCUUUUCUUCAGGAGACGUACUGGGCUUGGGUUGGCCACGGAUCCUCAGGUAAUAUAGAUGUGCCACCAGAAAAAGAUUCUGCUUUGAAAAUGCCAAAGGUCAUUGUUUCAAGGUCUCAUGCUGGUGAAGUAAAUGCCACGGUUCGGUCAGCGUUUGGUCCUCAAUCCAUGGUGAUACCCGCGGGUGGAGCAGGGUACAAGGUUUUGUCGCUAUUUGAGGAUAAAGCCAAUUGUUAUGUUCACGUAACACUAAUCAAAAAAUGGGACAUCUGCUCAGGAGAUGCCUUGUUGAGAACACUUGGGGGAAAGAUGACAACAUUAGAUAAUGAAGAAAUUGAGUAUGGUGAUGGUUCUAAACCAGCUAACGAGAAAGGACUUGUUGCAGCAUUACACAAUCAUGCAGAGUAUCAAGAGAAGCUCGCACAUGGAUUAAAAUCAUAGGAAUGGGAAAAUACAGUGGUCCUAAUUUAUUGAUAAUUUAUUGCCUUUAGCUAUAAGCAAAAACUAGAGUAUUUUGAAAUUUAGUGCAUACAUAAUGUAAAGAGGCACUUGAAUUAGUUGACGGCAUCCAAUUAGGGAAUAUUUGAAGGAGAAAUCUUUAUUGUGUAGGGUUUUUAACUUGUACAGUGUAUGUUGCAGAGCAACAUAAAGAAAGGAAGAAAUAUGGGUUACUUAAGAUUCAUUAGCAUCAAUGUAAAUUUUUCAAAAUUUAUGACAAAGAAAACCUGUAUCAUACUUUUUUCAUCUGUUGUAUUUUAAUUAUACAAUGCAAAUGUUUUCUCUGCUGCUAGUGAAAUGAAUCUAUGGCAGGGAUAUCACUCUAGUGCACAAAGCAUUUUUCAAACUACAAGCGUUACUUUUUACUUAAGUGUUAUUUAAUAUUGUAUUUGCAGCACAAUUACAGUAUGUAUGACAAGGAGUUGGUAUUUCAAAUACAUUGAAAGGUCAACAGUUUUGUGCAGACUUAACUCUCUAACUCAUAGAAGUGGUUAACAUGUAACUUCUCCCUAUAAUUUCUACAUAUUAUCGAGCCAACAGGUAAUGAGAAUACUCAAACCUAUCAGGUUUGAUUUAACACCAAAUUCUUGCAGCUAGAUGGGAGAACUGAUUAUAAGAUUUUUGGGAGUUUCAGGGUUAAUGCCUAAAAUUUUAUUGUAAUUGCAUUUUGGCUUUUAUAGCAGUACUAUUUAAGUUGUUCGGGUGUGGGAGGAUUGGGUGUCUUGUGAAAUGUGCAGAACAUGGUCACAAGACCUCUAUGAAGUCAUUGUACUUAAUUUUUGAUGAACAAUCAGUCAUGUCAAAAAACAUUUGACUUAUUGAUAAGGGGAAUCAUACUAAUUACCAUCUAACUCUCUUCUAAAUGUUUUUACUUUAUGUUUUUAUUAGUUAUUAAAUCCGUCUUGCAAAAACUGAUGUGACAAAAGUAAUAUAUCUUUGGGAUAAUGAUAAUAUAAAGAACAACAACAAAUGCAUUAAAUUUUUUUCAUGGAA